AUGAAAAUCAGACGUUGGCACGACGGGAAAGUUCUUGCUGAGCAACCCCUGAUGGACAUGGCAGGAUAUAUCGGUCACCGCGGUGACUACCACGACAUCUUCCUCAAAUGGUUUUCCCCCCUCCCCCUUUCCUCUACCAACCUAACAUAUACUAACCUCACCCCCUUCAGGGUCCGCGAAAGAAACAUCCCCAUCCUCAUGUCCUCCGACGUAACCUCCUACACUGACACAACACCACCAACCGUAACCCUCUCCACUGGCAAGUCCCUCUCCGCCGACCUCAUAGUCGCAGCAGACGGCAUCAAAUCCCUCGCCCGCCCCCUCGUCCUCUCCCACCACGACGACCCCAUCUCCACCGGCUACGCCUGUUUCCGCGCUUACUUCUCCCCUUCCGAGGAAAUGAAAGCAGACCCAGCCCGCAACGCGUUCCUCUCCCAAGACAGCGUCAACUUUUGGAUCGGGCCCGACACCCACGUCGUUCAGAACACACUCCGAGGAGGGGGGGAGUUCAACUGGAUACUUACUCACAAAGACGACGGGGACAUUCCCGAGUCGUGGUUUCAGCCGGGGGAUAUGGACGAAGUCCGGAAGUUGGUGGCAGAUAUUGAUCCUGAUAUCAGGUAUGCGAUCAUGUCUACGGAGAGGUGUCUAGACUGGAAGAUCUGCUACCGGAAGCCGUUGUCUACGUGGGUGUCACCAAAGUCGCAUCGGAUUGUCUUGCUGGGGGACAGCUGUCAUGCUCAUCUGCCGACGUCGGCACAAGGGGCUAGUCAGGCGACGGAGAGUGCGGGUGUUUUGGCGGUUUGUCUGGGUUUGGUAGGGAGGGACGAAGUCGAGGUUGCUACCAGGGCCUACGAGAAGCUCCGCUUCCCGAGGGUGAGGGUAAGUCAAACCCAUGGGGAGGAUUUGCGAGAUCGAUGGCACAAUGUUCUCAAGAAUGUGGAUGAUGAUAUGGAUAUUGAUCCAGAAAUGGUGAAAAUUAAGGUAUGUGUCAUAUAUGUCCUAUUCUCUACCUGCCUAUACAUCGCAAGCUCUGUACUCAUCUCUCCACAGAACCGACCGUUAUACGUAUUCGACGCAGAAAAAGAUGCCGUUGAGAAAUGGGAUGGGGUGGCGUCGAGAAUCCGGCGGGAGUUGAUGACGGGCCAGAUAGAGCCUCUCUGCGAUGAAUGA